UCCAAGAUGGCGGCGGUCUGGGUGCCGAAAGGGAGCCUGUUGGUGCUCUUCUGCCUGGGCAGCCGCUUGCUUCACGCCACAGACGCCACCGGCCAAGCGGAAAAGGGGCCUCCUUUGCCUCACCGGCGGUUCGAGUAUAAAUACAGUUUCAAGGGGCCGCAUUUGGUGCAGGCAGACGGGUCUGUGCCUUUCUGGGUGCACUCGGGCAAUGCUAUACCCAGUGCAGAUCAGAUAAGGAUAACUCCGUCAUUGAAGAGCCAAAGGGGAUCGGUAUGGACAAAAAACAAAUCUUUAUUUGAACACUGGGAGAUUGAAGUGACCUUCCGAGUGACUGGCAGGGGACGAAUAGGAGCAGACGGACUGGCAGUCUGGUUUACUGAAGGGCAAGGUUUAGACGGCCAGGUUUUUGGAGCAGCCGAUAACUGGAACGGCGUCGGCAUCUUCUUUGACUCCUUCGACAACGAUGCAAAGAAAAACAAUCCGGCAAUAGUUAUUGUUGGCAACAAUGGCAAACUGCAUUACGACCAUCAGAACGAUGGUUCCACGCAAGCGCUGGCAUCGUGUCAGAGAGACUUUCGUAACAAACCCUACCCUGUCCGAGCAAAGAUCAUAUACUACCAAAAGACCUUGCAUGUAUUGAUAAACAAUGGUUUUACUCCAGACAAAGAAGACUAUGAAUUUUGUGCCAAAGUUGAAGACAUGGUGCUACCAUCUCAGGGAUACUUUGGGAUCUCUGCAGCUACCGGUGGUCUUGCGGAUGACCAUGAUGUCUUGUCUUUCCUGACUUUCCAGUUGACGGAGCCUGGUAAAGAAGCGCCUACCCCUGACACAGAAAUUCCCGAGAAGGACAAAGAAAAAUACCAAGAAGAGUUCGAGCAUUUCCAGCAAGAGCUCGAUAAAAAGAAGGAGGAGUUCCAGAAGGAGCACCCCGAUGUGGAAGGACAGAUAGCAGAUGAUUUCUUUGAGUCAGUGAGCGACCGUGAACUGAGGCAAAUUUUCGAGGGCCAAAACCGAAUCCAUCUUGAAAUAAAGCAGCUCAACCGGCAACUGGAUAUGAUCCUGGAUGAGCAGAGGAGAUACGUCUCUACUUUGUCAGACGAGAUUUCAAAAAGAGGAGCUGGUGUCCCAGGCCAGCAAGGGCAGGUGCCUCUUCAAGGAUUGGAUACGGCUGUGAAAACUCAAGAGGAGGUUCUGAGGCAAGUUGGUGAAAUAAGAAACUCCGUGGGAGAGACGUUGAGGCUAGUCAGUGGCGCUCAGCAUCCUGGCUCUGCUGGUGCGAUCUACGAAACAACCCAACACUUCAACGACAUCAAGGAGCAUCUCCACGUAGUGAAGAGGGACAUUGAACACCUAGUCCAGAGAAACAUGCCAUCAAACGAAAAGCCCAAAUGUCCAGAGCUGCCUCCGUUUCCAUCAUGUUUAUCGACAACACACUUCUUUAUAUUUGUAGCCAUCCAGACAGUGCUGUUUGUUGGCUACAUCAUGUACAAGAGUCAGCAAGAAGCGGCAGCUAAGAAGUUCUUUUGAUGGCCAGUCAUACGGGCAGAGCCAGUUCAUGAGUUUGCGAAUGAGGGAAACGUUAGUGUUUAAAAAUGCUUCAAUAUUGUAAAUUAUCGAGUUUUCGGCUGAGUACACUGAAUUCCGGAUUUAAAAUAUUGUGACGUUGACUGACUGAAACAAAACCGAGGCAGGUUCUGCCUUUCUCUAGAAGCUGGAGUAUUCUUUAACCUGCGGUCAAGACAUUUCCCAGGUUGGAGAACCACGUAAGAAAGGUCCCUGAUUUAUUUUAUCAUUUUGGUCUGUGGGAGAUCUUGUCACAGAAUAUUAUAUAUCAGAUUUAUUUUGUGUGGCGGGGAGGGGAAGACUGCCAAAUGGCAUUCCCCUUCUGUUUUUAUGAAAAGAGGGUUGUAAAAAAGUUGCAAGCCUGAACUUGAAACGACUUACCAGCAAAAGGCAUUUAUGUAAGGAAGACAUCUCCGGAACAAAAAAAACAAUUAUGGACCAACAUUUUGGGGAGUUUUUUUUAUUUUGCGGAUGCAGCAGGAGAGAACGAAUUCAGCAGAAGCAUUGGCGCCCCUUUCCGAGCAUGUUUUGAUAUACUACUUUGUACACCGAGUAGACUUUUGUAAAAGUGUUCUUUACUCUCUCUUCAGCGAAGAGACCUUAAUGUGCAUGACUUUAAAUUCAUCCAGCUUGAUAGCAUACGGUCUAGUGGUGGGACUGAGUCACUGAGCGUUAUUGCAAACCAUACAGAUGUGUCAACGAGCCCUUCAGAGCGGCAGAGCUGUUUGGCCAGGAGCAUAAUGGGUACUACCUUGACAGCGUUCCUACAGACUGUACCAUCAUUUACCCUUCAGCUCUUGCUGAAUGGUUUUAUGUAUAAUCCACUCACGUUUCGGACAUGUAUUCCCACUCUGAGUCAUACUAUCAUGUAAGGAUUUUGUUGAAAGGGGAGGGAGGGUGAAGCCGAUUCCCCAACUCAGACUAUGAACCUGAUCUGCCUUGGUUUGACAUCUCGAACUUGUUUUUCCAUUGCUGUCUUCAAGGCCCCCAUUUUUAAAUGCUCCCAAAACUAUAACUGACGAGAGGAUGCUCCUUACCUUAGUUUCCCAGACAGAAGAGUCCAACAUUAGCCGAAAAGCUAACCGUUUGGAAGAUCUCCAAAGGCGGCUACUGCCUGACCACGUUCAGUAUUACAUACCUUGUGAACGCUCUUGCCCCCGACAAUUUGAAGAACAGACCUAUGCAAUGCUUCUCUGCUUCUCUUAAUGGGAUUGUGCGUCUCUCCUUCCAGAUGGUAUCUGUUGCGUUACGUGCUGGAUUGUACGUGAUAAAACUUUCUCAGUGGUGUCGAGUCUCUGUUUACAGCUCUCGCUAAAAGAAGCGGCUGCUCCAAGCUAACCCCUUGUCUCAAAAACGAAGUCACAAGUGAGAGCAAAUGCAGGAGAGCAUUCUUCAGAUCAGCCAGAACAGCACAACGGUGUUGUGCCGCAGCUCACUCAAAAAGUUCACACCAGCAAGUAUUCUUACAGGUGCCUUGGACUAAAACGGAUACUAAAAAAAAUUAGUGUUGUUAAAUUAAAAAGUGUUUUCUUCUUUAAGGGAUUCUUUGUGUUCUGAACUUUUUCACCCUUGGCUGCCCGCCACCAGCGCCAAAGAGGAGCCCACUUCUGUAAUAUAAGGAUAAUUUUCAGUGCGUUUUUUUUCUGCUGAAAGGACUGCUUUUGGGGGGGAUGUUUCUUUUGGGAUAUACUUGAGCAGGUGGUAGAGUGAAAAUCCAUUUACAAACAUCAUCUAUAUAUGGUCUCCACGUAAUGUGACUCUUCCCCAGCUGUGGUGCGUUCAAUUGGAGAAUUAAAAUAUUGAAGCAACUAGUGGUAUUGUAUCUUGUGUUCAGGAGGGAUACAAAGUCAGGGUUUUGAUGGCAUUCUGCAGGCCGAAAAGAUGUGCCGGGCAUGGCCUCUUCGGAAGCAUACGGAAAUUUGACCUUUUCUUAACAGGAAAUACAAAACGGACCUCUCCCGAGUAUUCCUUCUACUUCAACAGUGGAACCGGAUUUGGCCAAUGCAGCCUCACUUAAAAGUCUUCAGAGGGGCUGAAAUCCAGGAUGUCUUCCUGGGUAGACCCAGGCAUACUUCUGUGGAUUCUGGCAUGUGGUCAAACAGUCUUUUCAUACUCUUUGUCUCCAAAAAGGCUAUUUGCUAAUUGGUUCCUGUCCUGUCUCUUUCUCAGCCUGCAGAACAUGUUCACAAGUUACAACCUAAUACAAGGCAACUUGCAUCGACGUUGCGUUGAUCACCAUUGCACGCAUUAUCGCUAGUGGGGGGAGCUUAGAACAGACAAGUGCUGUGAAUGACUUAGCUGUAUGGUGUGUGCGCAAGCCCUUCCUCCCUCUGUUGUCCUUCUGUAGAAGCGCGACUGAAAGAGAACUUAAUUGUACCAUCGACUUGUAAUGCUUAAAGAAAGCUGUCCUGUUGUCUCAAUGCCAAACGGUUCACAAGAUCAGAAUCCUAUUUGAAUAA